UUAAUAGCAAAGUUCACGCAGAGUUUUUUUCGCUUUCGCACGGUGCAUUGUAUUGAAGCUCGUUGUUUUUCCCACAGCUUAACACCCGUCAAUAUGUUCCGCUUGCUGCUGCUUACCGCCUGCUUGGCCGCGCCUGCCUACAGCUACUCAGCCGGUGCGCCCACCAACAUCUGCUCUAAUGGUUUGACGCCCGAACACGGUGUCGAUGGCCAAAGCUCGCCGGUGCCAUAUAGCUUCUCGGGUGACAGUAAGGCACAGAAUGGCAAAGUUUCACUCACGCUCGGCGGUUCGAAUGGUUUCUUAGGCUUCGCGGUGCAGGCACGUGAUGCCAAUGAUAAGCCAGUGGGUAAAUUCAAAGUGGUCGAGGGCACCAAAUCCCAAACGUUGACUUGCGGCGGUGCUGAUGACACCCUUACCCACAAGAAGAUUCCACAUGAUAGUCCCAUUAAGAGCGUCGCUUUCGACUGGGAUCCAGCAGGUUAUAAGGGCAAAGUGAAAUUUGUAGCUACUGUUGCUCAAGACGGUGGCACCUAUUGGAUCCGCAAGGUGCUCAAAGAGGUCGAAGUUUAAAUUUUUAACUUGCUUUUAUUUUGUUUUGAUGAGAAAAAUAUUCGUUUUUACAAAUUUAUAUAAAAUCUAAAACAGCAUUUGUAGAAUUUGAAGAUGUGAAAUAAACUGUAAAGUAUUUUUGUGUGAUAGAAGGA